AUGUACAAUCGGCUCAGGUCCCUCUACUCGGCGAACUGGGGAAUGGGUAAAAUUGCUGCCAGGAUAAUAUAUAGAGGCGUUUUCCUGCCAAGGAUCACCUACGCGGCCGAGAUCUGGUCCGAGGGCACGAAGCUAUUAAAAAGCCAGAAAAAGCUACUCUCCGCGCAAAGGACCCCACUGCUGGCUAUCACGAGCGCAUACGCAACGUCGUCCACAAACUGCCUGGCUACAGUGGCGGGCACACUACCCCUUGAUCUGGAGAUACGAUUUCAGGCCCUGAAACGAGCCCAAUCUAGGCUUAGGAUAUCAGUGGAAGCCUUUACAGAUAGGACCGAUGAAUUAAUGACGGAAUGGCAGACCAGAUAUGAGUCUACUGAGAAGGCUGUUGGACUCAGAAGAUGA